UGAAGACAAGAACCGGAAGUUCUGUAGUAGAGCUCCGGAGUUUAGCCGCUAACGUUAGCGACUGCUUUUCUUUUCGAGAAAGGCCAAGAAAAAAUAAACAAAUAACUCUGGUUCGUUUUUACAAGGCGGCCAUGCAGAAUCACUGCGUCGUGCCGGACUGCCCCAGUGGCAUCUCGGACUUUCAGGCACUUUUCCGGUUUCCACGAGAUCCAAACAGAUCACAGAAGUGGGUCGAGCAGUGCCAGAGGACUGACCUCAGAGACAAACCAGCGGAGCAGCUGUACAGAUACUACAGACUCUGUGGGAAACAUUUUGAAGCGUCUGCGUUUGAUAGUGAUGCUCCGGGUUCUGUGUUGAAAGCUGAUGCCGUCCCGUCUGUGUUUGUUGUUCCAGCCCAGCCUCAGGCCGUACAGGUGAAGCUUGAAAAAGAGACGACAAAGGAUAAUGAAACGGAAAAAAGGGGAAGGAAAAAAAUGAAAAAAGCUCCAGCAGAGCCUGAUACAGAAACUGUCCAGACAGCUCCAGAAGAAGAUGAGGAGAGAAAGUACCUGAAGACUUUAUUCGAGGUCCUUCUGCUGCUCGGAGAACAAAGUAUUCCAGCUUCUGUGCCUUCUGAGGGGACACAUGAAGGCUUUAAGUCAUGCAACUUCCAGGCGUUGCUGGAAUACCAGCUGAACUGUGGCGAUGAAGUCCUAAAGAAGAGGUCCGAUCCGACAAAGCAGAGCUGCUUUGUCAAAGAGCUCGAGCCGCUGGUGGCGGUUUGUGAGCAGUAUGUGCGCAGUAAGGUGAUCGAGGGAGUCAAAGAAAGUGGCUUUUUCUCAAUGCUAACCGACGAACCAGUGAAGAUCUCAGGAGAAUGGUGCAUCCCGGUGUUUCUUCGUUACAUGGACCAGUCGAAGAGCCGGCAGGAGAGGUUUGCAGGGUUCUUGACCUUUGAAGGAGACGCAGAGGACCUGCCAGGGAAACUGUUGGACGAAAUGACUGACAGAUGGGGUUUAGAUAUGAGCCAGUGUAGAGCCCAAGCCCACUCCUGCUCUGGCACGCACUCUAGAAAAAUUCAAGCUUUCGCUUCCAAAGUGGCUGAGAAGUACCCAAAGGCAAUUCUUGCACUUAGAUCCACUAAUCCUUUGAACUUGUCGCUGGCCAACAGCAUGGCCGUGCCAGGCGUUCAGCUCGUCUUGUCCACCUUCAAGAAGAUCGAAUCCUUCUUCUCUCAGUCGCCUUUACUGCAGGAGGAAUUUGAGCAUGCUAUUUCCAUCUUCUACCCAGACAACAAGGGCAAAGCUGAGGAACUGAAGAAGAUCUGCCGAACUAGCUGGACCAGGAGGAACGAUGGGUUCGCCGUGGCACUGGAGGUCAUAGAAGCGCUGCUGCUCUGCGCGGACAGCGUCCAUGACAACGAAGACAUGAGGUGGAACGACCAAAUCACGUACAACGCCUUGGAGAUCUCCAAAGCGCUGACUGACUUCGAGCUCGUCAUGGCGUUAAUCGUGCUGAAGAACAUCAUGGCCGUCAUCCAGGUGUUUGGGAAGAACCUCCAGGGCAAAGCAGCAGAUGUCCAUUCUGCCGCAGCCAGUUUGACCGCCGUGCUGCAGUCCCUGAAGGAAAUCUUGGACAACAUCGACGUCUACCACGACUUUUUCUACGAUGAGGCUGUUAACCUAGCGGCCGCCAUGGAGAUUCCCGUCAAGGUUCCUCGCAGGUUCUCGAGGAAGCAUCAGGGGGAACCUGCAACCAUCCAGGCAGACGGUUACUACAAGGAGCACCUGACGGUUCCUGCAGUGAAUCACGUGGUCAGCCAAAUGAACGACCUCUUCUCGCAGAACCACCGCCUGGCUUUGGGGUGCAUGUCUCUGAUCCCAGAUGUCAUAGAGAGGAACAAGUCCGCUCAGCCAGACGAGGAGAACGUCCAGGUGUUCAUCGACGACAUCCUAAACGCAGGAAGCCUCUCUGCCGAGCUGCACUGCUGGUGGGUUAAGUGGAGCAAAAAAGGCAAAGGCGAGACGUUCCCCUGCAGCCUCCACGAUACGCUGCAGCUGGCCGACGUCAAGUUCUUCCCCAACGUGUUGAUGGUUCUGAAACUCCUCAGCAUCCUGCCGACGAUUGCUCUGGAGGACAGCUCCAACGUGGCGUUCAAGCGUUUCCAGAUGUACACCGAGAACACGCCUGACAGUGUCAAAUCAAAAGGCCUCGCCCUUUUGAACGUAAACUACAACGUCGGGUUUGAUCUGGAUUCAAUGGUGGAGCUCUACCAGAAGAUGUACCCUGAAAGGCAGAACGCCUCAUGAGCUUCCAGACUUCUUGCUUUAUUUUCUGUGCCUGUUCUGUACUUUGUUUUAUUUUUUUAGGUUAAACUGUAGAAAUGAGGAACAUUAGUAUAAAUUGGAUCCCUUUAAACUAAAGGCUCCCACGUCGUUGGGCAGCUCUGUACAUUACAUGUUUGUAGUUUUUUUCCCUGUGCUGUUAACCAGAUCUGUAGUGAAAUGAUCGUUUGUUCUGUUGUUCUGGUGCUUUGACCGUUUUCAUUUGGAUUUAAUUUGUAUUAAAGAGAAGUGAUUUCUGUA